AUGACCGUUCUAUCCUUCCUCGGCGAAUUAUACUCCCUUGACACACUCGAUACUCGGUUUACAAAUUCCUCAUCGACUUCCAGAAAGACUGUUAGUGAGGAGGGCUCAAAGGCUGGUGCAAGAGGAGGGAAAAUACUACCUGCAGAUGCCCAACCCGCAAAAUGGAGGACACCGGAAUUUUACUUCUACACGCUCGUAGUUGCGGCAUGUGUGCCCCAGAUGUACUGGGCUGUAGUCAGUGUCUCACAGCCUCAUUCGCCAAACUAUUCGAAAUUUGAGCGUCUUCUGUCUCCUGGAUGGCUGUUUGGUCGUAAAGUGGACAAUUCUGAUGCCCAAUACGCAGGAUUCAGGGACAAUAUUCCCUACUUGACGCUGCUCGUUAUCUUCCACCCGCUGCUCAGACGAGCAUAUGAACGUAUCACCCAGACUAGCAACACCACAGGCAGUGAACCCUCUAAAACGACUUCUACUGAGAAUGAGGGUGAAAAUCGGCUUCGCCAUCGCCUGACCUACGAUUUUUACUCGUCCCUAGUCUUCGUCGUGGCUCUGACAGGGUUCUCCUCUCUCAAAGUGCUCUUUAUCUUGUUCAUCAACUUCAGGAUCGGCACUUCGCUUCCCCGCAACGCCAUUCCCGCGGCGACUUGGAUAUUCAACAUUGCGACUCUCUUUGCGAAUGAACUUGCUCAAGGUUAUCGCUAUGUGACCAUUGCUAAUGCUAUAGUGCCAUUCUACGCGGGAGCACCAGUUUUGGGCAAAUUUUUGGAUUCUUACGGAGGCCUGAUGCCACGCUGGGAAGUCCUCUUCAAGGUGACAGUAUUGAGAAUGAUAUCCUUCAAUUUCGAUCAUUAUUGGUCACUGGAUCGUUCCAGAGCUGGAAGCCCACUUGAGAAGAAACAAUUGGAUCCCGCAGCACUGUCUGAUAAGGAACGCAUAUCUAUUCCUGCGUCGCCUGCCUCAUUCACGUCAUUCUCAACUUAUGUUGCCUACAUCUUGUAUCCACCUCUGUAUAUCGCGGGGCCAAUCUUGACCUUCAAUGAUUACAUCUCUCAGUGCUCUUAUCGAUCACCAUCAGUGACCACACGGCGGACCACCCUGUACGGAAUACGAUUCCUGCUUACGUUGUUCUGCAUGGAGUUCUUACAGCAUACCGCUUACGCAGUCGCCAUCUCAAAGGCAUCACCGGAUUGGUCGACAUACUCUCCGUUCCAGCUAAGCAUGCUGGCUUAUUUCAACUUACACAUCAUCUGGCUCAAGUUGAUGAUCCCUUGGCGAUUUUUCAGGUUGUGGGCGCUGGUCGACGGCAUCGAUCCUCCAGAAAACAUGAUCAGAUGCAUGAGCGAUAACUACUCGGCUCUUGGGUUCUGGCGAUCCUGGCACCGUAGCUACAACAGGUGGCUCACACGCUAUGUCUACGUACCUCUCGGUGGCGGUCCUGGCGGGAGUGCCGGUCAGCUCCGUGGGAUUGUUAACCUCCUUGCCGUCUUCACUUUUGUUGCCCUUUGGCACGACAUAAAUCUUCAACUUCUGACAUGGGGUUGGCUAGCGACAUUUUUCAUCUUACCAGAAGUCGUAGGAAGCCUGGCGUUUCCGCCCUCAAAGUGGAAAAGUCGGCCGAAUGCUUAUCGAGUUAUCUGUGGCAUCGGAGCAGCUUUCAAUAUUCUUCUGAUGAUGGCAGCCAAUCUGGUUGGUUUUGCUGUCGGACUAGAUGGAUUGAUGGGUCUUGUGCACGGCAUAAUUGGAAGUUGGCAAGGUGCGAUGUUUAUGCUUGGUGCAUGCGGUGUACUUUUUGUGGGCGUUCAAGUCAUGUUUGAACAUCGUGAGGGCGAGAAACGAAAAGGGAUCAAAUUGAAGUGCUAA